AUGAUGAUGAUCUUGCCAAAGUCAAUUGUCAUUCCAGAAUCAAUGCCGCUUUACUGGGACAGUGACCACGCACUUCACCUCAGUUUGACUUCCCCACAACCACUUUCAGGGGUCACAGCGGAAACGAUCGAUCACCUGAGGGAGAUCACGGCUCUAUAUCUUCAGGCCCCAUCCUCACGUCAACGUGGACCAGAAAGAGACUUUAUUGCCCUCUUUGCUCCAGAUAUUCCACUGGAAAUGCUGCCGGGUUGGUUUGAUCGCUAUAGCGGCAAUGAACAGGCAGUAAACGUCUAUUGCCGGAAGGACUCUCCGCUCUCGAUGGGUAUCAUUCGCGAUCACUCAAAGUAUAGCGAGCCACGCUUGUUCAAGAAAUGGAUCACCCCAGAUGAGACACGAACCGAAAUCGAAAUAGAAUGCCAGGCAUUACCCCGGCGGCGCAACCUCCUCCAACCCCGAAGCUUGAUUAAUGCCGCCGAGGAGGGGGAAUUAGGCAGCCCCAAGGUGCAUAGAAUACCUGCAGCGGCCUGCACCAUUGAAAAACUCCCAGCCACGAAAGCAAUAUUUGGACUUUUUAUCUCAGCGAUCCUUGACCGAGUAGAAGCCAGAUAUGUGGCCCAGAAGCUCAACGAGACCAUCCUCAAGUCGAUCGGGAUCAACGAUUUGAACCAUGUUCUUACCGCCAUCACCACACCAAUCGCCCAGGCUAGCACAGAUUACCAAAAAUAUGAAUUCUUUGGGGAUUCUGUCUUAAAAUUCACCGUCUCUUGCCAGCUAUUCUAUCAAAAUCCAGAUUGGAAUGAAGGAUGCCUCUCCACCAACCGCGACAGCUUUAUCGAGAAUAACCGCCUUGCCCAGGCUGCGCUCUGCACGGGACUAGAUCGUUUCAUCUUGACUCGCAGAUUUACUCCUCGCAAGUGGAACGCACCGCUGAUAUCUCAACACUCGAAUGCGUUAGGCUCGACUGCCAAACGACCACUAUCCGCAAAAGUUCUCGCAGAUGUGGUGGAGGCUCUUAUUGGCGCUGCAUACAAAGACGGUGGGAUCCCGAAAGCACAAGCUUGUCUCCACCAUUUUCUCCCCGAAGUCGAUCUCCUAUCGCACAACGAUUCAUCUGUUCGCAAUUCUACUUGUGGCAAAAGUGUCAGCAAGCCGGUGGAUCAUCACUGUUUGUCCCGUUUAACCGGUUACAACUUCAACAAUCCGGCUAUCCUGACUGAAGCUCUCGUUCAUCCCUCUUGCGAACAUGACACCGUAACCCAGUCCUACCAGCGAAUCGAAUUCCUCGGCGAUGCAGUUCUAGAUAUGAUUGUCGUGUCAACUAUGUCUGCACACCCGACCCAGAUCUCCGAGGGUCGAAUGACGCUCAUCAAACAUGCUGUUGUUAAUUCGAAUCUCCUUGCUUUUCUUUGCAUGGAUUUCGCUAUUCCCAAUGAGGCCGAUAAGAUCAACACUGCGCUCGAUGACAACCAGAUUUCUCUCUGGCGUUUCCUCCGAUUCAAUGGUCCUACUAUCAAGGUCUCCAUGGAAGCUUGUCUAGGACGACACCAGCCUCUACGCGAAGAAAUAUGGAGAGCGUUGCAGGCAGCACCGGACUACCCAUGGGAACUUUUCACCCGUCUACAUGCCGACAAGUUCUUCUCCGACAUCUUCGAGAGUGUCCUGGGUGCAAUCUUCAUUGACUCUGGGGGAAAUAUUGACAUAUGCCAAGCCUUUGUCGAACGCAUCGGCCUGCUGCCUUACUUGCGUCGGCUCAUCGCAGACAAAGUCAAUGUCAUCCAUCCACGCAAUCUCGCCCAGAAUAUGGUCAAGGGUGCUGGAAGCCUUGUCUUCAAGAAAAAAAGGAUAGCGGCUUCAAACGGUGCCACGUAUACUUGCAUGUCCAUCCUCAAUGGGCAAGAGAUUGCUGCUGUCCAAGGAUGCGCUUCAGGCGAGGAGGCUGAGCUAAGGGUGGCCAAAGCCACAAUUGAGUAUUUGCAGGCACAAUCUGAUUGA